GGGAGGCAGGGCUGUAAUCUAACACUACUAAAAGCCCGAUAUCAUGGCAUUCUAAGGUGUCCACGUAGGACAGUUAAUUAGAGCCAAUCCCACAGCUUGGUUACUCCACGUCACCAUCGUAUUUGUGUAUUUUCAUUAGAGAAAUACGAUGUGUUUGGGUCAUACAAACCAAUCCGAGUUAGUGGGCUUUUUAAAAUAUUUUAAGCCCAGUCCAUCACCAACAACUCUCCAAAGUCGUAUCGUUUCUUUCCUCUCCGCCGACUGUCGUAUCUUCUUCUUCUCUUGCCUUUCCCCUUCCACCUCUUUCGUUACUCUUCUCCAGAUCCUUCAGAUCCGUUUCACCACUAUCUGAUCUAAUCAAUCCUCUUACUGAACUUAAUCAAUGGAUUCCUUUCACCUUCCUCUUCGUUUCUCUAUUUAUAAAUCUCUUUUCAUAGUUUAUAUUUCCAUUAAAAUCCAUAAGAUUCUCUCAAGUAACUAUCUCGAUGGAAUCCAAAGGCAACUCUACAGUCUCCAGCGAUCAGAAGACCAACGAGAAGACGUUCGCUUCCUCCGCGACUAUGAAGCCACACGGGAAGUCUACUGCUGCCUCGGCGAUUGCGGCGAAACCUAACGGCAAGAGUGAUAAGAAGACCAACGAGAAGACGUUUGCUUCCUUCGCGUCUAUGAAGCCACACGGGAAGUUUACUGCUGCCUCGGCGAUUGCGGCGAAACCUAACGGCAAGAGUGAUGUUCCAUCUGACAUUCCGAAGAAGCAAAAAUCUGAUGUUGCUCUCUCCUCCGCGCAUGGCGACCGAUAGAUGUUCUUCAGAGAUGUUUCAUUCAGCCCACACGAAGCGGAGCUGAGGUUUCGUCUGAUUCACUUUUGGGAGGCUCGAAAUCUAAACACGAAAGAACUCAUCGGACAGGAGAUGCUUCUUAUUGACGAAGAGGGAACUGUCAUCCAAGGUUUUAUUACAGCAGGACGGGUUGGGAUGUAUAAGCUGACAUCAGGUUCUGUUUAUAAACUGAGUAACUUCUUCGGAUCCAGAAGCAAAGUCCAGUUUCGGGUUGCUGAUCAUAGGGCCACCAUUUCGUUCUCUUGGAACUCUGAUUUGAAAGUUCUCGAGAACCAUCCGGUCCCAAUUCUCGAAGACAGGUUCAGGUUCCAUAGGUACGAGGAGUUUCAUGCCAACUGCGACCGCAGAGUUGAUCUUUAUGAUUAUGUUGGCCACAUGAAACUGGUGAAUGGGCAGACUAUCACUGACCACACUGCUCUUGAUGAAGUUGACAUAGCAGAGAAGCGGCAUCUGUGUGUUCAUGUACAAACACAUGACGGACCAGUGAUGAAGCUCUAUCUAUGGGACAAUGCUGCAUCCGAGUUCUGCCAGAAGUUCAUAUCAUAUGGACGGACUCCAACCGUUCUUUUGGUCACCACAGUAAACCCUAAACAUCUUGGAGGAACCCUUGCUCUUGCUUCUAUGGCAUCAUCUAGAGUGUUUAUGGAUACUGAUGUCCAGCCUACCAAGGAUUAUCUUGCAUGAUAGGCAUUUCUGUAGUCAGAUCAUUUUUCAUACAGCUUCUGCUUUGUCAUUUCAUGUGACUUUCUAACAUAUUUUUGUGUUCCUCAAUUUCCUCAGGCUGAGCUAUAACUUGGACAUUGCUAAUAAGAUUACGGCAGAGGUUGUCACUAAGCCUGAGCCAGUAACACUAGAGGAACUAUACUCUUACAUCAAGCAGGAGACUACUAAGGUUCAAAGUUGAUCUGUUUUAUCAUUCAUUAUGACAUGCUUGGGUAUUUAUGAAGUUUAUUUUUCUCAAUUUUGCAGGUUGCUUGGUUUGAGUGCACAACAACUAUAGAUGAUAUUGUCCAGAGUUCUUCUUGGUAUUAUAUUUCUUGUGGUGGGUGUAAUAGUAAGGCAAUCAAAGGGCCUACUUCACUGAUUUGCAACAAUAAGAAGUGUGUGAAAAGGGAGGUCACAGGCGUUCCUCAGUAAGUAUUUUAGACAAUGUUUUAUCUACUUUUUGUAAGAAAUAAUAACUAAUCAUCUUUCAUUGCAGAUAUCUCACGAAGAUUGAUGUUUAUGACAAGAGUGAACAAGCAGUUUUUGCCAUUCUUGGUGAUGUUGGUAAAGAGUUGACUGGGAAGCAUGCAUCCGAAUUGGUUGCCAAAUGUUUUGAGGUAAUUUCAAGUCUGUCUAUGUUGAGCCCCAUAUUGGUCUAACUAAAAAUUAAUUUAUUGAAUGUUAGUCAAAUGAGGGAUUAGGAGCUGACCAUCCCGUGCCGGUACCGCAAGCUUUACUUGAUACGAUAGGGCACACGCACAAGUUCAUUGUCAAAGUCUCAGAUCAUAAUCUAACAGGCAAGACUCAAACCAUAACUGUCACAAAGAUACUUCCACCAGAAGCUCCACUUGCUAUAGCACACUUGGAAGAAGGCACUACUCCAGCAGUGUCCGAUGAUGUUUUGAAGGGUGUAGGUGAUGAAUCUGGUCCUUCUACAAGCUUUGAGCAUUCCGCUGGUGAUAGGGUUAGAAAAUCCUCUGAGAGUCUUGAAUCACUUGAAGCAAAGCGUUCCAAGAGUGGCUAAUAAAGCCUCAGCCUAUCCUCUUAUGCAGUGAUUGUGUGUUGCUGCAGUUUAAGUAAUGGUCUUAUGUGGCUAAUAAGUUUUAAGUACUGGUUUUGUUUAUUAAGUUAUUGUGCUUUGUUUCUUUCAUAUUCAAACUUUGUCUUUGCAGCAUCUGAACUAUCUUUGUUAAAACUUUUUUGGUUAUCCUUAUGUUUGCUACUCCUU